AAAGUUCACAGUGUAACAAUUGAAAGUUUAUCUUCUGAGACUAAAAUCUGGACGGCCAGUAAUCUAACUGUUCAAGUACCUCAUGGACUGUACGCUUCUCGGGAUAUUAAAACAUCAUUAGCUGGUGUCAUCAAUGGAGUAUUCUGUUGGCUUGACCAACGACCACAGAUCACUGUUUAUGAUAGCGUCCCCAAGCGUCUAUCGGCUUUGGCAUUGCCUAAAGAGAUUGGGGCCGGACAACAUUGUUCUCUUGGAAUAUCAGGUGGGCAAUUGUACUUGGCACUGAAUGAUGGAACUGGGGCAGCCAUCACUGUCACUGUGUGGUACCUCAAGAGCAACAUUCGCAGACGAGGCAAUGCAGUAUGGGUUAGGAAGUAUUUUGCAAAUGUCGCCACUGCACUUUUACAAUGUCCAGAGGCCAAUUUUGAACUUGCAAGCUCUCGACUUAUUGAGGUGCAGAACAUGGUUAUUCAUCCUGCUGUUCCGCACAUCUUUUAUUUGGUUGUAAGCGGUAAGGUUUUUUCUUACAACUUGGAAAAGGAUAGUGCAGAAUUUGUGUAUGAUUUUGGAGAACCCGUCUGGAAAGCACAACACUAUACAGUAUUUCCUUACGAGUGAGAUCAAUGGCCACGUCUUCUGCAGACCAAAUAGCGUUGGCUAAUACUUACGUAUUCGUACUUCUUAGAACAUUUGUUGAGUAGUAUAUUUACUUCGAACUUAAGACAUAGACUUUUUAUGGUCUUCUUUUUAUGUCACCUAAAUCCGUGAUUUGAUCUCCAUUCAUACUUUUAGAUGCCUUUGUUUUCAUUUUUCUCAUAUUAUACCUCUCCUUUACCCUCACGUGAAAAUGAACAGAAAAAGUUCCCUCUAACCUCUUCCUCUUAUAUUGAACUGUCUUGCAUAUUUACCAUAUUAUUCCCUUUCAUUGUUUGGUCUCUUGAAGGACUAAUUUUAAUCGUGAUGAGAACUAGACGUAAUGAUAUUGCCUUUAUCUAAGGUGACUGGGCAGUGGCCUGAAAGCUAAUGCCUCGUGGGAGGCAGUUGAAUUGUGUGCAUCUUCUCUAGGUAUCUUUGGAUUGUGGAGGAAGUACUGGUUUUAGAGGCUAUAGCUAAUCAACAUGAAGAAAUUUUUGAGAGGAGGAGAAUGUACAGGAUCUUAGGGAGAGGCUAACUCAUAGUCACGUAAGUAUAAUAAUAAGUCAAGGUUACAAGCUUACAACUAAUACAGUUAAUAUCCCCUUACGACACAAGUAAAUACUCCUAUCCUAUCAAUGGUAGUCUAGAGAAACAAAAAACAAAGCAUGUUAUACAGAAGCAAUCAGAUUUUGUAAAGGACACUGUAUCUAAAAGAAGGUUCGUUGCGAUUAACAACCAUCCCAGGUGUUUCUUAUUCAAAACCUGUAGAAUUGGGAUGGCAAACGGUGGCAUUUUUUUUUUUUUUUUUUUUUUUUUUUAUAAAUGAGUGGAGCAUUGAAAUCAAAAAUUCAAAACGAAUACCAGCAUUCUCAUCUGCUUAGGGAAAGCCAGCACAAGUUCUCCCUGGUUGAAAUGGAAGGUACAGUCAAACGUCUUUAUAACAAUGUUGUUUGUUUUGAUAUUUUUGGCUGCUAUAGUGAAUUUGUGUUAUAGAAAACAUAUUAUAUAACAUAACAUGAAAGAUUGGCUCCACAGAAAACAAAGUUGUUAUAGUAAAAUGUUGUAAUAGAGGAUGAUUGUUGUAGAGAAGUCUGACUAUACUAGCUUGUAAUUAUUGUCAAUGUAGUCUAGUUUGCAAAUUUGCUCAGCAAGAAGCUCUCCGCCUUGAAUUUGUAGCAGGGACUUUAAACACCCUUUAGGAUCCCUAUGAAAUGCCCAAACAUUUAGUUAUACCCUACUGCACUUGGCUAUUUUGUGUACACCGGGUAUUUGAGAUUGGCUCGGGCUCUUGGGGAGUAGCACUGGUUAUACAGAGUUAAACGUCCCCUCACAACUGCAUCAGGAUAGAGCAGUUUUGAUGUUUGGGAUUUUUCAACAUUGUUGCUCAUCCCUACUACAUUUUUCAUUUAAUGUCGCACCUUUGUCAAUGCCUCUGGAUUAUUCAGAAACUCUUAGAUCGUCGUGUUUGUAGUAUCAGUCCCACUAUAAACAAUGCAUG